AUGUGGCUGGAUCCAAACUUAGUCCCAGACUUGAUCAUUGGUUCCUGUCUAAGAGCCAUAGAGGAUAAGGGAAAACAGCAUCCUGGGUGGUUUAACUGCACUUCUGUCCUUCUUCUGCAGGGUCUUAAGGGAUGGGUGGCUGUGGAAAGUGAUUCUGUUCAACCAAAUCUGAAGGAAGAAGCAAUACAAAUGGUGGUGUUGGCAGCAGAUAGACUUGCAGUGCUGGGAACCACUGUUAAUUUAGUAAACCCGGGGUCACAUCAGCUGCCUGUCCCAUCAUUUAUUUUAAAUAAGAGUUAAUAACUGGGGAAGAAUCCACAAAACCCCACUGUACAUUUCUAUGGUCACAUGGAUGUGCAGCCUGCCAAAAAGGAAGAUAGCUGGAAAACUGACCCUUAUACAGUGACCAAAAUCAAUGGUGUGUAUCUGGUCAUAAUUUCUGGCAUGUAUCUGGUCAUAAUUUACAGAAGUGUCUUUAUGCAGUCUGGUAUUGCUGUCAUUGCUCUGCAGAGGAAAACACACUGGGGGAAGCAUUUAACGUAUAUUACACACAUAAACCAGCUUGUUGAAUGUGGAACCAAGGACCCCCGUGUGAACUUUGGAGGUAUCAUUCAUAAGCUGCUGAUGGACCUGAUUGCUCUGCUGGAAAGCCUUGUGGAUCCCACAGGUCCUACUCAGAUCCCUGGAAUCUAUGGCAGUGUCUCUGCCUUGAUGGAGGAGGAUAGGAAAUUGUAUGAAUUGAUUGAAUUUGAUGUAGAGGAACAUAGAAAUAGUAGUGGCAUGAAAAAAUUCCUCUAUGGCUCCAAGGAAGAAAUACUUCUAUACCUGUGGCAUUAGCCUUCUCUCUCUGUUCAUGGGAUUGAAGGAGCUUCUCAUGAACCGGGAACUAAAACAGUCAUUUGCAAAUUCUCAAUCCAUCAGGUCCUUCACAUGGACCUUUUGGUUGUGAAACAAGAGGUGGUCAAGCACUUGGAGUUCCUCUUUUAUGAGAGGAACGAUCCAAACCAACUCUAAGUGUCAAUGUCUUUGCGUGCAAAGCCCUGGCUCACUGAUAUUAAUGAUCCACCGUAUAAAGCAGAAAGAAGGGCAGUAAAAACAGCUUUUGGAGCAAAUCCAGAUUUCAUUUGGGAUGGUUCAGCAAUUCCUGCAGCCAGAAUGUUUCAGGCUAUAAUGCUGAAAAGUGUGAUGAUAUUUACAACUGGAGCAGCUGAUGAUGGGGAGCACUCCCAGAAUGAGAAAAUAAGCCAGUUUCAUUCAUUUGUCCAUUUGCGUUAUAAAAGAAGGGAGAACUGAAGUAUCAGGGUAUGCAUGCAUAAGCAAUGCCAGGUGGGAAGGUUUGUUCUCCACUGGACAGUCGCAAACUACUGUCUCUGGCAAACUUGUUGCUGUGCCAACAAGAAAGCAAAAUUUCCAAUCUAUCCUUUUUUUGUGUUGCUCUUUGAAAUGCCGAAUAAAAUACAAAGUCAACAAAGCAUCAUUUCAUAAGCAUGGGAACUAUCACAUCAGUGCACAGAAAGAAGGUUCAGUUCUGAAAUAGCCACUUUCUGUCAAGUUAAAACCAUGUGUGCGAAGCCAAUGAAUUAACAGUGUUAGAAACAGGAUUCAAGUUUGCUUCUGUUAGCCUUAUUCUAGGUGUGCCACAUCCCAUGUCACAGCAAAAUUCUUGUUAAUAGUUCUACAAGUUCAGACUACAUAUACUACAAUAUGGUUAUUAGCACAGUUUACACAAAAUCACAGAAAAGGGACACCAAAAAGAAGGGACUUUUCAGUGUAUAUCGGACUGGAUAAAUUUUAUUCUGGACUCAUUUUUAAACUAUGAUGCUCUUAUGUUAAUUUGUGUUUCAUUCAGGGUACCUCUUCAGAAUGAAACCUAAGUACUGUUUUUUUUCUCAUAUCAUAUUCUGUACAAUCAUACAGGGUGAAGAUGAUUUGACGAUUAAACCUGCGCAGGUAGUAAGAAAACAACUUUGCCAGGAUGUUCCACAGCAGCAUCUAUACCUUUGAGAGCUUGGUUGAGGUUUCAAAGACUUGGAUGCUUAAUGCCAUUGGGGAUGUUCUGUGGUAUAAUACCUGAGAAACAGGCCCCAUGGAUGGCAGAUGCAGCUCAAGCCCUGUGUGAACACGGCCAGUGGAGUAGCAGCCAGCUGAACUGAGCACCCCAGAGCACCCCUAACAGCACUGGGUGCUGUAACAUAGUGGGUUGAGCUCUGCCUGCCUCCCUGGUACAUCGUCCCAAGUCUUGCCUCCUGUAGGACGUACAUACAUGUUGCAGAGAAUCAAAUGCUCAUGGGUGGGAUCAUAUUUUCCUACUAAUUACACACUAGGGUGUGAGGGGUGUCUGUGUGUGUGCAGAACUCCUGUAUGGGUAAGUGUAUGUCACUGCACACUCCUGUUUUCACCUACCUCCAGAGUCUGUCCCCUCUGCUGACAGAAACACUGCCAGCUGUUUUCUACCACAGGAUUUUCUAGGAUCCUAAAAAAUCUGCAGUUUCUCACCCCUUCCCCUUUUUACUUGCUUUCUCAAAUACAUCUCCUUUUAGAAGAUUUCUCCUCUAGAAAGAUGCUGGCUCCAGAAUUGGUCAGAACUGUAGACGUUACCAUAAUUUUGGUGUGAGUUACACUCUUAUAGGCAAAAAAUGUGGUACUUUGCCAAUACUUAUUUCCCCAAGAGGAAGCCUAAUUGAUUUUCAAAUUAAUACCUUGUAUCAUAGAAUCACAGAGUAUCUUGACUUGGAAGGGAGCCAUAAAGAUCCAACUCCAUACAUUGUCUGUGUUUUGAGCUGCACACAUGAUGUCCUUUAAGAGGUAAAUCAUUGUAUAAAUAUUUCAAACAGAAAUAUGUAAAUAGAAAAAUAUGACCAGUUCCUUGUUAACAGAGUGCAUUUUUGUCUACUUAGCUUUACUGCCAAACAUUUCAGUGACCUUCUCAUUUGCAUUCUUCAGAAACAUAAGAACAACUUGGCAUUACAGAUCAUUUUGAUAAAUAUGUAGUAAAUGCUUUUCCUGGGAUACUGCUACAUUUGAUUCCGUAAGAAUAGACCAUGAAAUUCAAACCGACCUGCUAACAGUGCAAGCACAGUGGUAUACAACUUUGCAAGCUCUUUGCAGAUUUUUUUUCAGCUGAGGCAUGUGCUUGAACUGAACUCAAGACACUUGGACGUCAUUUAAAUCUUUCCACUGGUUUCUAAGGAGGUAAGUGAAAGAGCUGCUGACUGUUUUAACAAGGUUUUCCAGCCCUGCCUAUGGAUCAGCAGCUCCUGCAAAGCUUUUCAGCUGAUUCUGCAACCCACAUGGAAUGAGUUGUUUGAGAUGGAGGAUGAUGGAGGUGGUUUCUAGUUACUUCAUCUACUCUCUCAGAGUUUUAGAAAUUGCAAAUACUACCUGAAAGCAUGUUUGCAUUUUGUUACAGUACUUCUCUCGGGUACUUUGUGUGAAACUUGCCAUACUCGCUCCUCAAGGCAAGAACAACAGCUGUGUUUAUUCACGAUUUUAAUUUUAUUUUGUGGACUUAAAUUAAAUAGGUGUGUAAAAGUGCUUGCAAAAACAUAACUAGGCAUCGAAUUUGGAUUCUAUUUGCUAGGAAACUUUACCCUUGGGAGUGGAAAAUAUACCCAAACAACAAAACCUUGCUUACACUUCCAAGCACGCACGGCACAAGGUGCAUCCCGUCAACAAGGACAAAUGGUCACGUUCCUUACCUGAUGAGUAUUUGAGACCUUCAGAGUAUAACGUGGAAAUGCUUCCCAUAAAGUGACAGUUUGUACAUGUCCUUAUUUCAGUAGCUGUAGCAUGUAGCUGUAACAGGACUUUGGAUGCACAUGCCAGGUGGAUAAGAUGCUGACCUCGUGAAGAUGAAAACUAAGGAUUAAAUCUGUAUUUCAUGUAGCUUGACUUACUUUGCAAGUUCCUAUCUGACCUGAUACCACAUUAAAUCUUAAAGUUAGUAUAUUGAUGCAUAAUGUACCAGACUUGAUGUUUAUAUUUGAGAUUAUUUGUCUUCACAAACUUGCUUUGUGGGUUUGUGAGAGAUGAAUUAUACAGUGGCAGAGCUGUAAAUACUGGCAAGCUGGACAUCUUCACACAUAACAGAUAAUACAGGGUAAUAAAUGAAUCUCUUUCAUUUUACUGCAAUGAAUUACCUUUUUCUUUAAAAAAUACAGUGCAACAGAAACAAAUCCUUGGAUGUUUGGCAUUGUCAGCCUCCAGACAGGCUUAUAUAUAGCUGUACUUAAAAGAAACCAGACAUUGCGUAUGUAUGCGUGAAUAAUACUGAUGUUGCUACCUGUCUUAAAAUCAUUGCUGUGAUCUCUCGCUGUGAAAUAACAUGAAGUGCCAGCCAGUUGCAUGUUUCUCAUCAUUUAGACGCAGUUACUUUUUUUUUUUUUUUUAAUAUCUGUAAGAAUAAUUCAGGAAUCAUGCUAGCCAUGUGUUUUUAUUUGUGGAACUGAACUGGGCUAUUUUUCCUUUUCCUUUCCCCCCCCCCUUUUUUUUUUUCUUUUUUUCCCCCUUAAAUUUAGAAUUCAAACUAUAAUCUCUGUAAUACAAACUGGGAAACUGGAAAAUUUUCAACAUGACACAUUGCUGGCAUGCAGCCUCCUGGUGUGAAGAAACAAGUGGUGGCAGAGCCCUCAUAUAUGAAUCUCAUGUAAGUUUGUAUCACUCUUUUUUUACACUUAAAAAUUCAAGAGUUAAUACUGCUUUAUAAUCUGCUGUGCAUUACGGUCUUCCUGACAAGACAGCACAUUCUAUACACAGGGUCACCAUCACCAAUCUGGCAGCAACCCUGACAUUGCUGUGAAUGCUACAAAUGACAAGAGUUUCAUUUAAUCACAGUGGAAGGACUAGUAAGAUCUCGCAAGUACGUCCUUUCCCAAUCGGUUUUGGUUUUGUUUUUUUCAUGUUCUGGAUACUGAAAGUUACUCACGUAGUUCACUUCUUAUUGAAAAGCAGUGGAAUGAAAGAUAAUGGGUUUUAAACAAACCAGCCAGCCCAUGAUGAAGAGAUGUGGUGCUGGCUUCACUCCUAGUGAACAAGGCAGCAAUGACAGCCUGUGGUGCCUUGGCCAAGUCACCACUGUAAUGCGCACACAGAAGCCUUUGGGCUCCAGAAGAAAUGAAUUAAUCUUCACCUGCAGUUCUCUUCAGGUGGUGGUCUAUCUUAAAACGGAAUCUUCUGAAUGGAAUAGCCUUGUUAAGGGAAUUUAUUUUCACUAGGAUUCACUCAGAUAUGGAUUCCAGAAAUUCUUCUACAAUAAUUUAUUCGCAAGGUACAGCAUAUAACAGCUUGAUCUGGGUGCCUUCUGAAGAGUGACCCUCAGCAAAAAAACACCUUGGACUAUUAUACCCCCACAGUCCAAGCCCCAACCCCUUACACGUCACUCUGGGUCAAUUACAAAAUCAGUCUGGGGUCUUCCCGUUCUCCACUGGAUCUCUUUGUCAUGCGGGCUGUCAGUCAAAGCCCUGACCUUCAGUUGCUAUUGUGCACCUGCAUCUGAAGAAAAGUAAGUUCUUGGCAAACAAAAACAUUCUUCUGCUUCUCAUCUUUUUUUAGACACAGUUCUGUUUUUACUUAUCUCCAGGGAUGCAGCUCCCAUUAUCUAGUAGCUUAAAGACUCUGAGGCCUUUUUUACUCUAAGCAGAAAACUCAACACUUCCAGCUUGCAGAUGUUAUGCUAAGCAAAUUCUAUAUAAGCAAUUUCUAAACAAGUUCUAUUAUGUAAGCAGCAGUAUAACCAAUACUUCAAUAAGCUACGACAGUCUAUUCCCUAACAGCCUCAACACUUAAAAGACAGUGUCCAUACAUCAAAAAUCCUGUUGUCCGAUUCAAGGAACCUCAGUAUUCAGCAGCAAGGAAAAAAAUUAAGAGAUCUGAUUUAUUGGCACACUGAUACUGAUAUUUGUAUCUAAAAAGCCAUACCCACAGAAACAUAAGUGAGGUCACUAGUUUGCAUGCAAAACAUUUUAAUUGUUUGUACUUAUAUGCAAUUUCAUUAUAUGACCAUUUAUUGCUAUUAAUUUUUGUGAUAUUGAGCAGACAGACGGUUGGCUACUGUUCUAGACUUUUACAUAUCAUAAUUGUUACACACUUCUACAGCUUCUCAGCUGUCCUCUAAUUUGGCUUUAGAGGAACAUAACUCAAGACUAUUCAGUGUCUGACUAGACUCCCCAGGUGCCUGUGUAAAGAUGCCUCUCCAUGCACAUGGAGAUCUCCGUGGCUCCUGCAGGCUUCAGGGAUCUUGUUGUGCAGCCACUUGCAGGAUCAGCACUUUAAAGAUAAAUACACUGUAGUGUAACUUUUAAAGCUGUCAGUCCAAGCUUCAUAACAUCACAUCAUAAAUUUGCUAGAAAAAAAAUAACCUUGAGAAGUCCACAUAAAUAUUGCAUUUGCUUUGCAAUACAAAAGUGGGUUUUUUAGCUACAAUUACGUCUUCAGUUAUCUAAAUAUAAAAGCAGAAAGAUAAAUUUUAAGCCAGUAGAAAUUCAGCUUCACUUUUUGCAAGGCACACGUUGUGCUUCUCAUAUUUGGAAGAGGGUGAUGUGAUCCACUGAGAUGGAACAAGUCCAGUUCUUCCAUUUCUUCAAGAGCUGAAUAGAAAGCCUGAAAUGUUACUGGCAACAGUAUUAGCCUUAGGAUAAGGAUUAGUCUUAGGAUAAGGGGCAGCACUUCAGGCAUUAUCUAUUUUUUCAAGUUCUUGUAACUUCUACAUGCAAGCUUGAACUGCUAUAAAUAGCAUUUUUCAUUGAAAAAACUAUUUUCUUCUCUUGAAGCUGCUUAAAAAUUUCAUUCUUCUAGAUUUUAUAAAAUUAUAAGAAAUUCAAACUGAUCCUUGUAAGCAUUCAUUAAAGCUUGUGUACAUGACUUCUCAUUUUUCUCACAUGUUUACUGCAGUUAUAAUAACAGGAAAAGUUGGGAAACACAUUUUUACCUGUUUGUGUAAGGUUCUCUACAUCACAGCAGAAUGAUUUAACAAAAGAUAACUAGCAGCAGGUGAGCAUUUUGUGUACGUGAAAACUGGUAACUAUUUGUACUUCAAACAGCUGACCACUCAAACUGCAAUCUUGCCUUCUGCUCCCUAAAUCGCAAACCCAGAUACUUCCAGCAGUCACUGCCCAAGCACCUCAAAAAAACCCCUAAGCAUAGUGUUCUACUUUUCAAGGACUGUCUCUGAUUUUUCUUUUUCUUUUGUGACACAGUACUACAUGAUUCAGACUAGCAUGUCUUUCAGUUUGAUUAUCUAAGAAUGCAUACAUUUAUCUCAAGAACAUGGUAGAGUGUUUGCUUAAGGGAACUAGAGGGGAACAGUAAAGCCCUUUUGUUCAGUCACCAAUAUACACAAAACAAGACUGCACCCAAUAAUUUGUCAUUGAGAAAAACAUUUAGUCUUGCUUUCCAAAUAAAAGAAAAGUCACCACUUGUUCAGGCUUUUCACGCUUUAAUUGCUUUUUCUGGGGGAGAAAAACAUUUUUGAUUAAAAAAAACGAAGGUAUACGUCUGUAUAUAUAUGCAUAUGUAACUGACAUUUUAAAAGUUUUUGGUGUUUACAUCCCAAUUAUUCUGUUUGAUAUUUUCUUAUGGGUAUAAUCGCAUACAAUAAAAUAAAAGCAGAUUUUCUUCAAAAACUCACUACUCUUGGGAAAAAAUAAUAACGGAUAAGAAAUCCUUAUGGACAAUACAGUUGACCGCUUGACUGUCCUACAGAUAUGACUCAGUGUCCUUUCCAGGGCCUGUCACAGAUAUUACACCAUCAGCAUCAAGUUCCAUGGUCAUGGGGUUAUUUUUCUAAACAAAUCUGAUGUGCUAGAAAACUCAUAAUCCAGAGGUGUUAAGUAUGAUUACUGUGACUGCCUUUAUCCCACUAAAUGACUGAUUUCUGGUGAUAUAAUAAUCACAAAGCUGUGUUUCCUGUACAUGAAUGAUAAUGGAAUAUUAAAACUCUGUCUACUUUUCCUACUUGAAUUAUACAGCUCAGUAAAGAUUACUCUUUAAAUGAGCAACAUUUCUAGUGAAAUCAAUAUUUUGACACGGAAGAAAUAAUUCCUAAUGUCAUAUUCAGUUAGAAAAUAAAUACAUUCUACAUUUUCAAUCAGUUUAUAAACUACUCUGUUACCUAAUUAUUGCUUAGUACUAAAUAAUCAUUGACUUCUUUAGUUUGUUUUA